UACACUUAAAUGCCCCAUAGGUCACAGUUUUCCCCCCAACAGAUCCCCUGUACUGAGAGUGGACCACUUUGCCAAUGAAUGGCAAUGACUUGGCAUCAGGCGCUGCAGUAAAUCUGAGGAUACGGGAGCAGAAGCAGCCAUAAAUAGUUUAGGGCAGCAUCUCCCUGUCUGAAGGCUUUAACUGAGAUCUCAAGCUUAAUGAUGAUGUCAUAAGUCAGUGAGGGCAUUGUGGCUUCAGUUAGCUUUUCUAUUAUCAUUUACAGCCUCUGCACAGUAUUCGUGCGUAGCAGCCAGCGUUACUAGUUCCAACCCGCUAAUACAAACAGCUGUUCCCAGUAGAUUUGACACGCAGCUCCGCUCUGUCGUUCCUCCUAUCGUUGCUUUCUGGGUCACUGGAUGAUGUGGACACGACUUCACAGAUGGCAGACAAUCAGUGCACCUGUCUGCCUGCAUGUGUAAACGUCACUGUUUACACGUCAAGCUUUCCUACAGUAUAUUAACUGUGUCAUUACAGAUCAGUUUCAGUUUUUUCAAGCACCAAAUGCACAGCCAAUAUCACGUCAAGGCUGUUUACAGGCUGUUUUUGUAUUUCUGAAUUCUCUAAGUAAAGACCUUAGAGAAUUCAGAAAUACAAAAACAACAGAUGGAGACAAUAAGAUAUUAUUAACAAAUUGGUCAUACAAGAAAAUCUGUGUAAGACCAGACAGUUGUUUCAUUUCAUUUACCGACCCCAAGGAGGAUCUGCAGGGCUCCUGUGUAGGCACAAUUAUCCCAAACACUUUAUUAACUUUGGCUUCAAGUGGCCAAAACAUCAAUAGAUCCAAUGUAAUUAUUAGAAUCUCCAAAAAGGCAGUCGUGUUGUAUUCGAUUUAAAUCAGGUUCAGCACAUUUCAGGUACAGUCCAUGACGUAGAGGGAAACAAAGGCAGCAGGUUUAUAUACAGCUUAUUCUGUGACUAUAGCCUCACAUUGGCUCUGGAAGCAGCACCAGCUGUGUGUGUGUGUGUGUGUGUCUGUGUGUGCACGUACAGUACGUACCAUUUCAGCCACUGAGCCUGAGAUCCUGAGGUGGACACAAAGCCGGCUUUAUGGCCGCGCUGCUCUCACUGUUGUGUCAGUGCUGCCUGGCUGGAUGCAUUACCCCCAAACCUAACGCCCCCCCCCCCCCCCCCACCACACACACACACAUACUAACUAACUAACUAACUAACUAACUAACGUGUGUCUUUCCUCUACCUUUCCUUCUCGUUCCUUCAUGCACGUGACGUCACUCUCUCUACUUUCUCUCCUCCCGUCCAUCGGCUUUCACGCCUUCACGGGCUUGAAUGUAAAAAACAUAAAAACGAUCGGGCACGUUUCAGGCUCCAUUAACCAACGUGUACAGGUGAACCGGCAGCGACAGAUGUUCUCGCUGGAACAUCUGGCCGCUGAAGCCUUUGCGCCACCGGUCUGCUAAGUCGUAGUGGUUAAUUCUCGGCGGAGCUUCAGCUGUUUGGCGGAUUAAGACCCCAAAUAUCCAACGUGAUUUCCUCUCCCUAACCUACUGCGCUCCAUCUUUGCUGCCGCUGUACGUGUGGAGGACAGAACGACGAGGUGCUACCGCUCAACGAUGCUGCCCACGUUUGAGGGAGACACUAUUGCGCGGCAGCGUGUGUGAACAUAACCCGGUGGAGGAAUGUGAUGUAGGGUCUCAGAUGCAGGCGUGGAUCCAUCCUCGUCCGUCUGUCGCUGCAGCUGCAGAGAUCAUUUUUCAUGUUGGACCUGCAUGCUGGCAGUGUGCCGGACACUCUCUUCCUGUCCUGCUCUCUCUCUCUUUCUCUCGCUCGCCCUCUAUCCUCCUACCUUAUUUAACACCCUUCCCUCUCUCUUUACGUUUCUCUCCUCCUUCCCUCUGAUCCGCUUGAGUGGUGCAGUGAUCUCAGCCGUCUACCCCCCAAAAAAUGCAGGGGGGGGGGGGUCUCAUUUUAUGACAUAAUUCUUGCCACUCACCACGAGGGGAACCAACUGGCGGCGAGCGGGUUUGUGUGUGUACACAAAUUCUAAUUCUCCUGCCAUUACUCAACGUGAGAGCCCAGCUGCAAAGGAAGCGUUUCUAACAAUGGUCCUGUUAAGACGAGCCAACAGGAUCAUGGUCACACUCGCUCAUAAACACCAACCUCUUACUAGACUAAAGAAAAUCUAAAACUGGUGCUGGUGAAGUAACGUAACACUAAAGUUACCUUUACGUUUGACAAACAAGCAACAAGAACAAAAGAUGAAUGGAUGAACAGAUGGAUGGAUGAGUGGGUGGGUGGAUGGAUAUUCUAACUGUUACACAAAGAACCAGGCCAGAACCAGCAGAACCAGGAAAAUAAAGACGAGGACUCACUCCCUCAUGUCUCUUCGCUCUCCUUAGCAUAAAAGCUAAGCUGUCAGUAUAAACACUACAUAACGUUCAUAUAUAGAUCAUUGUUAUGCAACAUUUAUGUGUGGACAGUGUCUAUGCGACUGUGGUCAGUGUGGGACGUGUGUGUUUAUGUCUGUAUAUAUACAUAUAUGUAUAUUUACUGUAUUGUAUUGUUUGUUUGCACCAGGAGCUCAUCCAGUUUUGUUGUAUACAUGUUGUUCAAUGACAGUAAAAGUUGUUGUAUUCAGAGCGCUUUGAUGGUGCUUCUCGUUGAGUCACACACACACUUUCACACCGAUGGCAAAGCUGACACACCAGACAACCAGACACUUCCACCCGUGACCAUGGCAGCCACAAAACAAGGCACGCGUGAUUGUUGGUGUCUAAUGUUUUGGUUAAUGGUGAUGCAGAAAGCCAGAAAAUCUGUCCUGCAUUAACAUAUUAAAAACAAAUUACUGAAUUGGUGGAGACAAAACGCAAAACUAACAUUAAAUUAAGAAAAAUGUGAAGCGAUUUGACACAGAACGCUCACUAAGAUUACAUUGUUGUCCAGAGAUUGUCCAGAGAACCUCUUGUUCUAGUAUCAUCAAGCCUUAACCAUCAGUGACUGUGGAUCCUACGCUGGGUGACUAAUACCCAGACAGCUGGUGCACACUUGUACCUUACUGUUAUGUGAUCUGUACACACACACACACACUUGCAGACUGCAUGCAUGUGUGUGUGUGUGUGUGUGUGUGUGUGUGUGUGUGUGUGUGUGUGUGUGUGUGUGUGUGUGUGUGGAGGGCGGGGCAGAACGGAUGGACCACUGCAGGUCUGAUGUCAGCCCUUGAACUGAGAGCGGAGCAUCCUGACAUCUAGUGGCCACGUUCUCCGCUAACACGCUACGUAGCGCAUGCUCUCAGGCUGGUGCCUCAGAUGAAGAACACACAAAAAGAUCAUACCAUGUUAUUUUAUCACGCUGCAACACGGCACAGAAAGAAUAGCAAUAAAAACAAGGACGAUGAAGUACGGUCCUUAUCUGUGUACACGUGUCAGAAGGAAAGGCAAUAUUUAUUUAGGAAGUUUCCUUGUGUAAUCUAGGUCAGACAUCACCUGCUCAGCUGAUCACCUGGCUUCAGGCGUUAUCAGUGCUAUGGUGGACGACUAACAACAUAUGGGGCCGAUUGCCUCAUUUUACACAUAAACAAGCUGUUAAGCUUUGUGAACGUGGGUUUGGGCUAAAUUUAGAGCAAGAAUCAACUAGAAUCAGCUAAAUCGGUUUACACUGGGACUUUUAAUAGACUUUGCUGCCGAGGGUCCGGCCUUUCUGGAGGAGUGAUCCCCGUUCUUGCUGAACACACUUUGAUAGUGAUGCUGGUGGGGUCAUUGUGUGUGUGUGUGUGUGUGUGUGUGUGUGUGUGUGUGUGUGUGUGUGUGUGUGUGUGUGUGUGUGUGUGUGUGUGUGUGUGUGUGAUGGCAGCCUCUGUCCAUUGUCCUGCAUCUGCCUCAGGCUCACAGCAUUUGCAUGUUGUGCCGUUUUACAGGUCCAAAUUUGUUUGUAUAUGCUGCUUUAUGUCAUUUAGAAGGAAAGAGCGUAGGAGCGACGGGGGCCAUGUUCUAACUGUGGUCAGAUGAGGAAAAAGUAUCAUUUACAGUCUGCUUUACUGCCUGUUUGUGGGGGGUUUUGUGAGAAGACUUGGAGUUUUCUAGAAAUGCUGUCCACAUUUAUCGCGGAGCCAGAACAGGAGCAGGGUUCACGAAAGGAGCCCGAAACCGAAAGGGAGGACCCGAAGCCGAGGGCCGACGACCCGUCGCUGGCCCUUGUCGAGUUUCGCAUCCAACAGCUGCAAAACAGGCUUUUAAUUCUGCAAAAUGCACAGGAGGUGAAGAAAAAGGCAGCAGACGGCGCUGAGACCGCAGAAGAAGAGUCUCCGGCGACGUGCGACCUCGGCGACGAAGGCUGCGACGAAGGCUGCGAACUGGAGGAGGUUCAGCAGGAACUGGAGGAGCUUCAGGUCACAAAGACAAAGCUGGAGAAGCGGGGGAAAAGCUCCAGAAGCACAGGUCAUCAGGGGUCAUAUGAAGCUAAGACGCCACACAGGGGGAUCUACACCCUGCCAGAUCCCCACCUGCAGCACUUCAAACCAAUGCCUACAGCCGACCAGAUUAUUCCAGUGGAGCAUCUGGGUAAGAUGCCGAUGUUCACCCGCUGUCCGUCCUGCGGCGCGCUCAUCUGCACAGAGAUCCAAAGGAAAACCAGCGAGACCAUGUGGCUGCUCUGCUGCGUGCUGUCGAUGGUGGGGUGUGUUGCCGGCUGCUGCUUGAUGCCUUUCUUUAUGGAAGGCCUGAAAAAGGUCUGUCACUACUGCCCCAACUGCCAGGCCAAAAUACACAUCCACCGACCAUUGUGACGCGGACGCGUACUGCAUUAACCUGUCCUCUGGUUUUCAUCUACAUAGGACCUCACUUACUUUACUUCCAUGCAUGAUGUUUGGAGUGAGUCCAAAGUGACAAACUGCUCAUUUGGCUGCAGCCUCU